AUGCAGUUGCUAUCUACUCUGCAACCACAUUAUUUCAGCACACUUUUGCAUGCCAUUUACCACAACAAGAAUCGAGCGCUUGGAGUGGUCCCCAAAGCAAAAGCAGCUCUAUUUGCUGCAUCAGCCAUAGAUGUGAUGCGAUCUGUUGGUAUUCAAAGAGACUACGAAGCCCUCGCACUAUCAAUCGAUAUUUAUGGGUAUUUACGAAAUCUUGAACAGGUUGAAGAUGCUUUGGAAAAUAUCCAAAUCCUCGGAUACAAUUUGGACAACAAUCGAAUUACUGCAAGCGCAUGUCGAGCCUACAUCUUCUGUGGCCACGAAUCUAUUGGUCUAGAAUACUUUGAUAUUCUCUCUGAAAAUAGCCACACCAUUCGUACCUACAAUUUUCUUCUUGGGGUUUAUAUUGAGAUGGGCAAUGAGGCUGGGGUAUUGAAAUCGCUGGCCAAGAUUCAGUUGGAGCACCUAACUGUCGAUGCAUUCACAAUGCAAAUGCUGUGUCAUCACUACGCCAAAAAGAAACAAUACGAGUUGGUAAAAAAGCAUAUUGAAGCGUUUAGAUCUAAUGGAGGACUGUUUCAUGCUGGACUGUAUCGGGUUUUGAUGGGGGUGGCAAACCAUACUGGCGAUUAUCAGCAAACAAUAGCACUGCUGCAGGAGAUGCGCCAUGCAGGAAUUGAACCAACAGAUCAUAUUUACGCUCAAGUGGUUAUUGCCUACGCAGGGAUGCGGGACAGUGAUGCUAUGUGGGAUACGUAUCUUUUGGCUGCAAGAUCACGGAGGGUAGAUAACAUCACUGUCAUGGCCAUGGCAACUAUGCUGGGCACACUUGCCAACACAAACAUCGUAUCGGAUCUACGGACAGUAUCCGUGCAUACCGCCAUGCCCUUUAGACAAGUCUUGCUGGAUCUAAUCCGCGGGUAUCGACUGCUUGGUAAACCAGACUGUGUCAAGGAGCUUUUACAAUGGCAAAAGGUUUCUGACAAGAGAUUCACGCUAAAACAGUAUGAGAGUGUUAUUUGGGCGUACCAUCGCAACGGCAAUGCUCGAGGUGCCAUUUCAUAUGCAAAGUACUUGGACAGUGUAUAUGGAAAUACAAUUCCGGUUGAUGUAUGGAUUGCUGUAGUGGUAUGCUGUAUCCAGUAUUUGCCCGAUGCUGUUGAUAAGAUUAUAUUGCAUAUUGAGCAGAUAUACACAGAUAUAUCUGUGGAAGAUGCACGAAAUCGUGCAUAUAAGCUGAUUGACAAGAUUGAUUAUGAGUUCAAGGAAUCUGUCGAAUAG